CCUAUAUAUAAAGGUUUUUAGUGCCUUAUGGUAUCACAAACAAACACGAGUUCAGUUCUGAGCAGAAGAGAGUACGUAGCUGCACUCAAAAUGGCAUUCUCAAGCAACAUCCAAGAAGUUGGAACCGAAGCUUUUGCAUUGCUGGAGGGUUGCCGAAAACCCAGGCCUCCUCUUUAUGCAACUUACUAUAACUAUCAUAACCAUAAUCAGCAUCUACUUCAGCUUGCAACUCCACAAGUUCAUUAUCAUACCAAAGAAACUCUCGACUGCGACCAGGCUGCGCUGAAGUACGGUGGUGUGGUAAUUUCGGAGCAUAGUGUCAAGAAACCAGCACCGGUUGCACCAAUUCCUCGUUAUUUUUAUUAGGCCAUGUGUAUUGAUAUGUGCUAUAAUGGAAUGUAAUUGCAGUAAGAUUCGGAGCAAAAGACAUGCUGUAGUUAACGUGCCUUUCUAGCAUGGCAACCUUACGAAUCACGACGUAUCAUAUUUUAUGCUAAUUAGUAAACUAUAACGAAGUGUGAAAUUCUACUGUAUUUCUUUUCUAUUUCGGGAAAACACUGACUUAAGGUUUACAACUACAAAACCAUAUUCAGUUCGUUUUGCUAAAGUUCGAAGCUUUUUUUGGUGGCAUCAAUUUUCCAAUGUAAACCAAAACCCAGAAAAAAAAAAAAGAGAGAAGUUUAGGUGUUAAUAAUAUAUGAAUCUAAAGCAUGGUGUGAGUAACAACCUCAACUGGUUGAAAUAAUUAUUUGCGGAUUAUAAUUUUUGGGUCCUAUUAAUGAUUGGAUGUUAGGUUUUCUAUUCCAUGAACUAGCAUAGAGAACAUGAGGCAGGGCAUGGCUUGCCUUAUAUUGGUCCCUUUUUGGGCAUUGACCCUUACGGAUUUGGUUAUUUUGUGGAGCAAAAGUGAAACUAACAUUCUAUUUGAUGGCCACAAAUUAUCAAAGCUCAAAUAUAGAAGGCAACAAAAAUAGUCAUGCCAAGUCUAAAUUAAUCACAUAUUAUUUUUCUGUUGUGUGGCCAUAGAUAGAUUAAAGGGUAUAAAAUACAGGCUUGAGCAAAGCAUUCGCAAAACUAAAAUAUAUCAACAGUGUAGUUUCUGGAUUUGUAUCUUAUCACCAUGGCCAUUACAUGUAGGUUCGAGGUUAAGGCUAUUCAUGUAGUACUAGGCUUAGCUUUGUUCUCUUGUUUGGCCAAUGGUGUAGCACUCCGCCAUAGAAGAGACCUUGUUGAGGAUACUGGUGGUUCAUUGACUGUUUUUGACGUUACACAAUUUGGCGCUAAAGCGGAUGAUAAGACCGAUAACGCAAUUGCAUUUAUAAAAGCAUGGAAGGAGGCAUGCAAUUCAAAAACCCCGGCAAAGGUUCUAAUUCCAAAGGGAAAUUUCGUGAUGGGUCCUGCAGUAUUUCAAGGACCUUGCCAAAGCAAAGUCACUUUUGAACUGCUAGGCAUUGUUAAAGCAACAACUGAUCUCAGCGAUUACUCUUCACCAGAAUGGAUCUCAUUCGAAAGAAUCACUGGUUUAACUUUGAAGGGUGAUGGCACAUUCGAUGGUCAAGGUGAGUCUGCUUGGAAAUAUAAUGACUGCGCUAACACUGGCGAUUGCGCUGCUCUUCCUGAUCAACUGAAAUUCUUUAAUGUGAAAGAUUCUGAUGUUUCUGGGAUCACAUCUCUCAAUAGCAAAUACUUCCACUAUCAUGUUGUAUCCUGCAGCAACGUGAAUUUCCACGACCUCAAAAUAACUGCUCCUGGAGAAAGCCCGAACACCGAUGGCAUGCAUAUUAGCAAAUCCAGUUCUAUCAAAGUUAUUAACUCCAUUAUUGGCACUGGCGAUGAUUGUAUCUCUAUCGGACAAGGAACCAACGAUCUUACCGUUAACAAAGUUACUUGCGGACCGGGACAUGGCAUCAGUGUUGGAAGCCUUGGCAAGUAUCAAAAUGAGGAGGAUGUAACCGGGAUUGUUGUGACUGACUGUACAUUUACAGGCACUACAAAUGGUGCUAGAAUCAAAACAUACCCUGGAUCACAAGCUAGCAAGGCUAGCACCAUCAUUUUCGAAGAUAUCACAAUGAAAGAUGUGAAAAAUCCCAUCGUAAUAGAUCAAUUUUAUGGUUCCAAAAGCUCUCAGCCGUCAAAAGUUAAGCUGAGCGAUGUUCAUUUCAGAAACAUUAAGGGCUCCACAGUUUCGAUGGUGGCUGUGGAUUUAAAGUGCAGCCCAGCUGCCCCUUGUGACGAUGUAGAACUUUCUGAUAUAGAUUUCACCUACGCAGGCACUAAAAAGGGGACUGGAGAGCUCUCAACCUCAUGUUCGAAUGCAAAAGUUACAGCCGCUGGAAAAUUGAAUCCAGGAACUUGUCCUAUAUAAAAGAGAUUUUCACAAAUUCCCUUCCCCCCCCCCCCCCCCCCCCCCCCUGCUUCUUUUUUCCUUUUCUUUUAAACAAUUUUCUUCCUAUACAUCUCUUUCAGUUUAUUAUAGCUGCCACAACUUUAUACGGCAUCAAGAAAUUACGAAAUGUCAACAAAAGAGAUGGAAAUAUAGAGCUUCUAUUAUAUAGGGGAAUGAGAAAUAUCAAAGUUUUUAAUUAAAUAAUUAUUUCUUUUAGGGUCACAAGCCAUCACUUUUUUGAAUAUUUUAUUAACACUAUUUAUGUAAUGCCUCAUUAUAUCAAUUAGUUUUUUUUUUUUUUCUAUUAUAAUUGUAUAGCCCCUUUUAUGAAUUAUUACUAUUUAUUUCAAAUAUAUACACUAUAAUAAAUAAGUGAAUGGCAAUGUGUAAGUGUUUUAUAUUUUUAAUCUAUUUCAGUUAUUUUAUAUUAUUUAUACAUAUUAUUCAUGUA